GGGGGAAUAAGGCAGGCUCUCACUGUGCCCCCCAGGAGCCCUGUGCAGCAGGUAGUGGGACAGAUGAAAACUGGGAUAAAUCCUGCACUGAUGUCUCUUAAAAGAAACAAGAGAAGGAAUUCCACAGACAUCUCCCUGCUGCUCAGUGUUACUGUGCCAAGCCAGCGGGAGCUGCAGGUUAUCAGAGCUUCAUUUAAAACACUUAUUUUGAAAAGGACAAAGGAAGCUAUAGGGAAUUGGGUUUGAUGAUCCUUCUGGGUCCCUUCCAACUUGGAAUAUUCUACGAUUCUAUGAGUUCCUUCUUAUUCGGAGCAAUGGGAUUUGCACGAGCAAAGCAAAGCGGUGCAGGUCAUGUUUUCUCUUCCAGCACCACGCCCCAGGAGCAGGGACAGGAGAUCCACACCGCAAUGCCGCUGCUGCACUUGCACCUCUGCUUCACCAGCAUGCUCUGCUGGCUGACCCACGAGUCCAGCUCCUUGGUGCUGCCCAACGCCACCGAGCUCCUGUCUCCUCCUAGCAGCACAAGGACGGGUCCAGCUCCAGGUGCAGGGAUGCCCCGGAGCCGCCGCCGUCGGUACCUGUCCCCCCGUGACAUGAAUGCCAUCCUGGACUACCACAACCAGGUGCGGGCACAGGUGUCCCCCCCCGCUGCCAACAUGGAGUACAUGGUGUGGGAUGAGCGGCUGGCCAGGGCGGCGGAGGCGUGGGCUGCACGGUGCGUGUGGGAGCACGGCCCCCCCCAGCUGAUGAAAUAUGUGGGGCAGAACCUCUCCAUCCACUCGGGCAGGUACCGCUCCGUGGUGGACAUGGUGAGGUCGUGGCACCACGAGCAGCAGCACUACUCCUUCCCGCAUCCCCAUGAGUGCAACCCCCGCUGUCCCUCCAAGUGCAGCGGCUCCGUCUGCAGCCACUACACUCAGAUGGUGUGGGCCUCCUCCAACAGGCUGGGCUGCGCCCUGCAGGCCUGCAGCAACGUGCACGUUUGGGGCAGCACGUGGCGCCGCGCCGUCCUGCUCGUCUGCAACUACGCCAUCAAGGGCAACUGGAUCGGAGAAGCACCGUACAAGAUAGGGAGGCCAUGCUCAGCCUGUCCACCCACCUACGGGGGGGUCUGCUCCAACAACAUGUGCUUCACGGGACUCAAAUCCAACCAAGUGAGCUGGUUUUAGGACGGUGGCAGCACUCCACGUCCUCCUGCUGCACCCCAUGGGGACAGGGGCAGCAGGAUUAUUUAUGGCACCACGAUGCUUUUGUCCCCCCCCAGCCCAGCCCUCCCUAUGCUGCUUUAGGCUUUAGGCAGGACACAGAACCUGCUUUGGCCCCAGUGCUGCCACUCUGGGGUUCUUUUUGGACACCCCCUGGGACUGCUGCUGUUUGCAGCUGCUUCACACCUGGGGGGCACUGGGGGUGUUGGGAGCACAAGGGGCUGGCGAGGCCCUGCUGCGCAGGGCUGGGUGGGAGCCGUGCUGUGACCAAACUGUCCCUUUGGGUCAAGCGACUGGAACCCAGUGUGCCACCCCUGCACGUGCCCCUCCCCCAGAUCUGCCCCCCCACCCAAUAAAGCGGUCUGGAGACCCAAGUGCUCUUGUCUGUCUUUCCUUGCUAAGCCUUUGUGACAUGGA